GUAUGGAAGAAAUGAAUGUCCACAUGCGGGCGUAAAUGGAGGGAACCGUGUGCGAGGCUUGUUGGUUGGCAAGAAGUGCGUGGGGGAAGCGAGCAGCUGUGCGCAGGGCGUGGCUUGCACGGGACAGCAGAUCAUCCAGAAGACACAAUGAGUUUGAAGGCCUUCGAGCUCGUUCCCGCUGUUGAGCGGGAGAUGCUCAUGGGAGACAAAGCUCGAAUCAACGUUGAAUGCAUUGAGUGUUGUGGGAAAAACCUCUAUAUUGGAACCAAUGACUGCUUUGUCUAUCACUUUCUACUGGAAGAGAAGAUAUCAGCUGAAAAAGUAACUUUUGCUGCCACCAAACAAUUGCAUAAAUACUUGGGCUUCAAGAAAGCAGUCAGUGAGCUGAAAGCAGCUUCAGCACUCAACAGGCUACUGGUGCUUUGUGACAACACAAUAACAUUAGUUAACAUGAUGAACCUGGAACCUAUCCCCACUGGAGCUAGAAUCAAGGGAGCUGUGACAUUCACAGUAAAUGAAAACCCUAUGAGUGGGGACCCUUUUUGUGUAGAAGUUUGCAUUAUCUCAGUGAAACGGCGGACCAUCCAGAUGUUUAUGGUGUAUGAGGAUAGAGUCCAGAUAGUGAAGGAAGUGUCCACUCCGGAGCAACCCUGUGCCGUGGCUGUAGAUGGUCAUUACUUGUGCCUUGCUCUCACUACACAAUAUAUCAUAUUGAAUUAUAAUACCGGCAUCUCCCAGGAUCUCUUCCCUUAUUGCAGUGAUGAGAAACGGCCAAUUGUGAAAAGGAUAGGCAGACAGGAGUUUCUGCUGGCUGGACCUGGAGGGUUAGGUAUGUUUGCAACUGUGGAUGGCAUUUCCCAGCGUGCUCCUGUGCACUGGUCAGAGAAUGUGAUUGGAGCAGCCCUGUGUUUUCCUUAUGUAGUUGCUCUUGAUGAUGAGUUUAUUACAGUGCAUAGCAUGCUGGAUCAACUACUAAAACAGACCCUAUCUUUUAAGGAAGGCCACAUCCUACAAGACUUUGAAGGAAAGGUAUUUGUAGCUACCAAUAAAGGUGUGUACAUCUUGAUGCCAUUACCUUUAGAAAGACAGAUUCAGGAUCUUCUAAGCAGCCACAGAGUGGAAGAAGCCCUAAUCUUAGCAAAGGCAGCCCGAAGAAACAUUCCAAAAGAGAAAUUUCAGGUAAUGUACAAACGAAUCUUGCAGCAAGCAGGUUUUAUACACUUUGCACAGCUUCAGUUCCUAGAAGCAAAAGAACUCUUCAGAAGCGGCCAGCUGGAUGUCCGGGAGCUGAUCUCUCUCUACCCCUUCCUGUUGCCUACUUCCUCUUCAUUCACACGGUCUCAUCCGCCUCUUCACGAGUAUGCUGAUUUAAACCAGCUGACCCAAGGGGACCAGGAGAAGAUGACUAAGUGCAAACGAUUCCUCAUGAGUUAUUUGAAUGAAGUCCGCAGCACUGAAGUUGCAAAUGGCUACAAGGAAGACAUUGAUACAGCUUUGCUCAAGCUAUAUGCAGAAGCUAAUCAUGAAAGCCUUCUGGAUCUACUGGUCUCAGAGAAUUUCUGUCUUCUAACAGACAGUGCUACCUGGCUGGAGAAACACAAAAAGUAUUUUGCACUUGGACUCCUGCAUCACUACAAUGGUCAAGAUGCUGCAGCACUUCAGUUAUGGGUGAAAAUAGUUAAUGGCGACAUUCAAGAUUCUACGCGUUCAGACCUCUAUGAGUAUAUAGUAGACUUCCUUACCUUCUGCUCAGACCAAGAACUAGUGUGGAAGUAUGCUGAAUGGGUUUUACAGAAAAGUGAGGAGGUGGGGGUACAGAUUUUUACGAAAAGGCCUUUGGAGGAACAAGGGAAAAACAGCUUUAAUCCAGAUAAUGUCAUGAACUGCCUUAACAAGUACCCCAAGUCACUUGUUAAAUAUCUGGAGUACCUAGUCUUGGAUAAAAAAAUAAAGAAGGAAAAAUAUCAUACCCACUUAGCUGUGUUGUAUUUGGAGACAGUGCUGAAACUAAAGUCUGUGACCACAGACAAUUGUGUGGAAUUGACUGAAACACAGACUAAGCUACGCAGUCUUCUUCAGAAAUCUGACUUUUAUAGAAUUCAUUUUAUUUUAGAUAAAAUCAAGGGGACGGAUCUUCAUAUGGAAAGGGCAAUACUAUAUGGGAAAUUGGAAGAACAUGACAAAGCUUUGCAUAUCCUAGUCCACGAAUCAAAGGACUUUGCUGCUGCUGAAGAUUACUGCAUAUGGAGCUCUGAGAGUAAAGACCUACCAUACAGGCAAAGGCUUUUCCAUAUGUUGCUCUCAGUGUAUCUAAAUCCAGGCUCUUCGGACUGUGAACUGGUCAUGGCUGCUGUAGAUCUCUUGAAUAAUCAUGCUGCUGAAUUUGAUGCAGCCCGUGUCUUACAGCUUGUGCCUGACAGCUGGUCAGUACAGCUCCUUUCCCCAUUCCUGACUGGAGCAAUGAGGGAAAGCAUUCAUGCAAAAAGAAUGACUCAAAUUACACUUGGGUUAGCAAAAGCUGAAAACUUAAUCUAUAAACAUGACAAGGUUAAACUAAAAGGAAGCCCAGUUAUUCUUUCGGACAAAAAGCUCUGCCAGGUGUGCCAAAGUCCUUUCUGUGAGCCUGCGUUUGUGAGAUACCCAAAUGGUGGUAUGGUUCACACCCAUUGUGCUGCAAACAGACUCAUGAAUCCUAACAUGACCCAUCACAGUCAGACUUGAAAUAAGUUCCAGGUUCCACUAGUUUCCAUGACUUACUCCUUGGAAAACGUGCUGGAUAAAGAGCAAAGUGCAGCUACAUUAACAAUAAAUCAAGAUGAAGAGAUUAUCCUGGGGCUAAUGGGAAGAUUUCAAUAAAUGUGAAAUAUGGCCACUUAUCUGCUGAUCUUUAUGAAUGUAGACAGCAAAGAAAAUAUUAACUAUCAGAAAUAGAGACAUGCAAGAAUAGGCUCUUCUGUGUAUAGUUAUAAAAAAAAAAAUCUACCUUCUGAAAGAAAAUAAGCCUUUUCUUCACAGAAAGGAUGGCUAUGGGGGCAGACUAAUGUUUUUUAAGGAAACUUAAAUUUGCACUGAAUGUGUUGCUUAUAAACAUGGUGUGGCGGGGAGAAACCCUUUUAUUCAGGAGUCAGAUUUUGUCUGUCUCUAGAACACUUUAUGAAGAGAUUAUACAGUGUUGUAGCCAUGUAGAGAAGAGACUGGCAUGAUGCAGCUUAUUUUCAAGAAAAAAAUGCAUAUCGAUUGUUAGCUGCAGCAUGUCCUCAUUUCUGCUGAAAUCUGUUCCACAGGAUCACAUUAUGAACUUGUUCUGUGCUCUACAAAUUGUUGGCUUUUGAUGCACUUUGUCCCUCUUCCCCCCCACCCCUCCCCCCAUGUUCUGCUGUAUUGUUGUCAUAAAACAAAUUUAAGUACUGGCCUGUUGCUAGUUUCUACUGUUUUGCUGUGUAUAAAGUAAUAAACUCAGUGGAAACUGAUGGCCUCAUACAGUCACACAUCUGUAUUUGAAAAACCCAGUUGUAAUGAAGCUGUCUGAUACAGUUUAGUGAGACCCUAGUCACUUUUUUGUUGGGGAAAGAGACUUCCAUAAUUUUUAAUAUGGACUUAUUUAUUAAUAUGCAAAUAUACUGUAAAUACAGUUGAAUAAAUUGGUCUUAUUCUUGAAUGUCCAUGGAGGAUAAACAUGUAACCAGUGAUGUCAGAGUAUGGGUUACAUUAUAAAUGUCUGCUGUAAUAUAACUUUAUGACAGCAAGCAGAGACUUCAGUGGGACACCUUGCAAUAGUAAGGGUCAGUGCUUUCGGAUCCCUGUGUGAGAUCUAGGACCUAGAAGGAAAGAGGAGGAGAGGUCGUGAAGAAGUCAGUAAUGACACCCUCAGGUGCGAGUGAAUUUGGUAUGGUUUAGUAAAUGCUCUAUAAAUUCUGAAGUGUUCUGUUAAAGAAACAAGGUGGGUGAGGCAACAUCUUUCAUUGGACCAAUGGGAGAGACAAGUGUUCGAGCUUCUACAGAGCUCUUCUUCAGGUAAUGCUUUUUCUGUCAUAAUUUCAAAAAUAACAUUUACUGAUCCUGUGAACUCCUCAAGAUACUGUUUAACCAAAUUUUGAGAGGAGCCUGAGAGUUGAAGGAGGCAACUUCACUCUACAUAAGAGGAUUAUGUAUAAACGUUUUUAAAACUUUAAUUCUUUAAGCCAAAGAAGAAAUCUAGCUGUAAUAAGUAUAAUAGAUUCUUGAAUGAUACAUGGUUGAAAUAGUUGGUAUGACUCCUCUAAAUUUUCAGAUUGAGUCAGUCGAGAUUUUUCAGCACAAAGUGUAUCUGCACAAUGUCUAGGGCCCUACCAAAUUCAUGGCCAUGAAAAAUGUCACCAACCGUGAAAUCUGGUCUCCCCCAAUGAAAUUUGGUCUUUUUUGUGCUUUCACUCUGUACUAUACAAAUUUCAUGGAGGAGACCAGUGUUUCUCAAACUGGGGGUCCUGACCCAAAAGGCAGUUGCGGGGGGGGUCGCAAGGUUACUUUAGGGGGGAUUGUGGUAUUGCCACUCUUAUUUCUGCGCUGCCUUCAGAGCUGGGUGACUGGAGAGCGUUGGCUGAGCGCCCAGGUCUGAAGGCAGUGUUCUGCCAGCAGCAGGGCAGAAGUACGAGUGGCAAUGCCAGACCAGGCUAUCCUUACUCUGCGCUGCUGCUGGCGGUGGCUCUGCCUUCAGAGCUGGGCUCCCGGCCAGCAGCCGCUGCUCUCCAGCCGCCCAGCUGGGAAGGCAGUGCUGCUGCCAGCACCAGUGCAGAUGUAAGGGUAGCAGCAUUGCAACCUAGACAUAACUACUUUUUUGAAUGGGGUAUCCUAAAUCAAUAUGGUCCAAAACACAGAUAAAUUAAUAAAAGAAGUUCAGAGGUUAGUAAUGUAGACAAAACAUUGUUGAAAAAAAUAAACCAAACCCAUGUUACUCGAGGAGUACUGACGUGAGGAAAUAACAAACAGUGUUAGCUUCUAUACAGAUUUGAAUAUAGACAUUUUUUGAUGUGGGCAAUAGCAUGGAGUUUGUAAGAAAUGCUUUAUAUAUCCUAUUGGAAAACAGGUAUUAUACAAAAAUAUCAGCUGCAGUACACUAAUUUUGUUUUCAUAAAGAUGUCUCACUAAUAAAAGGAAAUAUAAUAUUUCUUUUUUUUUAAGUAAAGUUACUGUCCAGGCAGAAUGUCAAAUCCAGAUGUUUCACACUCCGUUUCAAGAAGUGGAGCCCUGGGGAUUUAUAAUACCUGGCUAUGGGCAAAUUCGUGGUAGAACACCUUAACUAAGUUUACAUGUGAAUAAGACAAAAUAUUAGUUUUUGUUAACAUAUUUAAUGUUAUCUAAACACAACCUGUAAUUCAUCUAAAACAAAUUAAAAUCUAGCUAUUGCACACAUGCAAGGCAAAUGUUAAAGGGUAUACAAAAAUGGAUAGUGUAGAAUAACAUAAUCUAACCUGAACUGGAAGGAUAAUGGGCAAAAAAGAUGCUUAAAUUAAAACCUUAAGUGUAAUCUUGGGGGGCGUGGUAGGGGACAAUAUAUUGCUGCUUGAAUUUCAACUUCUAUAUCACUUACUGCUUUCAGUGUAUUAACUACAGCUGUGUACAUUUUGAGUACAAUUCUAAAAUUUAGAGAAACACCUUUCUUUGACAGGAAGCCUGUUGGAAAAAUUAAGCAGUAUAAAUUAAUUUGUCUCAAAACAACUCAGCAAAAAAUAAAUUAGCAGGUUUCUGGGACUACUGCCUCUGGCACAAAGACCAUAAUUAAACUUCUAAUUCUAGAGAAAUUUGCAAGGCAUUUGUUUCAAAACCUCUUCAGUUAUAGCAUCAUAUUCUACAACUUUUCUAUUUCUGCUAUUGUCGUCCACUUUGAGAAUUUACCUCCGAUUAAAUUCAAAUUUUGUAGAAAUCCGUACAUUAAUGCAGCAUCACUAAACUGUGUAUAACCUAUGUUUGGAAACUUGCCAGAAUUUCCAAAUGAAAGUGAUCCAAAGAUAAAUCCAGGUUCCACAGAGGACAGUGAAAACAUGGCUGACUACACUCUUUAAUGACUCUGCUUAAAGAGUGACUUUCCCAGAAGUAGUUUUGGAGUAAUCUGGUGAGGUUGAAAACACUUUAUGAUUUGACUGUCAGCCUCGCUGGCCACCCUUUUAAGAUCUUUGAAGCAAAAUGUCAGAGAGAAGCUGCAGAAAGAUGCUGACCCACAUUGUGUGCUUGUCCAUGACUAACCUUUCUCUCAUUUCAGAGUAGCAGCCGUGUUAGUCUGUAUUCGCAAAAAGAAAAGGAGGACUUGUGGCACCUUAGAGACUAACAUUUAUUUGAGCAUGAGCUUUCGUGAGCUACAGCUCACUUCAUCACGAAAGCUUAUGCUCAAAUAAAUUUGUUAGUCUCUAAGGUGCCACAAGUACUCCUGUUCUUUCCCUCAUUGUUUGUGCCUUUUACCUGUUUUUAACCCUGUCUAAUACCAAUAGCAGCAGCACUGAUUUCAGCGUGGAGUGUCUCCUGCUAACCAUCUAUAUUCAGGGACGGUUGGAACGUCUCUGUUUUUAGCUAGUAAGACUUCUAUCAUAAAGAACAUGUUGGGUCUUUGUUUACUGCCUCCGGGAGGGAUUCAUUAGAGAUGGUUGGUGUCAACAGCCCUGCUGACAACUGAGAUAAGAAAUGACACCAGCUCUGAUUUGGAAGUCCCAUUUUUCUGGUUUAUUCUUGCCUUUGAGACACUAUUCGCUCUGUGUGUGUGUGCUUUCACAUCAGCUGUCUUGCAGUAUCUCUGCCACUUUUCUUGUUCUAGCAGUUUAUUCAAUCAUUGCUGGUUCUGGAGUCAGUUCAAAGCACUUCUGUCUUCAAGAGCAAGCCUCUCUAAUAUAUCACAUCUUUAGUAAGCUUCCCAAUCAAAAUUUCAGCAUAGAAUAUAAAAUGCAGCAUUGUAACAAUGAUACUAUUCAACACUACUACAGGAGUUGAAUCUUCUUUCCAUCCUGUGUUGUCCGUACAGUUUCAGAUUCAUAUGAUAGCUGUUAUCAACAUGAAACAAACUUCUCCGGUUGAGUUUCGUUUUACUUCAGCACCCACCUCAUAGCUUUCUGUACUGCCUGCUACUAGCACAUAAUGAAACUUCACUGAGGGCUUGUUUCCACUGCUGGUGAGAUCGAUGCUGUGGCGAUCGAUCCACUGGGGGUUGAUUUAGUGGGUCUAGUGAAGACCCGCUAAAUCGACCACCAAUUGUUCUCCCAUUGACUCCGGUACUGGACUGGAAGGAGAAGAGUAAGGGGAGUCAAUGGGAGAGUUUUUUAGGUAAGUAGAUCUAAGCUAUGUCGACUAGAGUUACGCUACUAAUGUAACUCAAAUUGUGUAGCUUAGAUCAACUUUUCCCUGUAGUGUAGACCUGCCCUGAAUGUUGGCCUAGAAUUUCUGGUAACUCAGUUAGGGAGGCUCUCCUUUAGUCACCUACUUUGGCUAGUGUGUUCACAUUUUUUCUGGUGAGACAGUAUAACAACUCUUCUCUGCUCCCCCCAAAAAACCUGACUGAGUCGUCUUGUCCUGAUUUACUGUCUGCUUUCCUCCCUGUCUGAAGCAAAAAGGAGGGGGAAAAUAACUGAUAAAACAAAAACUGCACUUCAGAAUCCAGUGUUCUGUUCAAAUUAGAGGCUAGAAACAGCAGUGAACAGUCCAAAUUAUGCAUGUAAAGGAUUUCAAUCAGUUGUCCUCCUUAAUCUGUCAAAUUGUCAUGCAACUUGACUGUACUACAAGAAUAUUCUUGAUAAAUUCCAUAUCCAUGUGUUGGAGACAGUUACUUUUUAUGUACUGUAUGUAACAAAGUUUGAUUUGAGAUUUUUAUGCUCUUUGAAGUCUCUCUCUCUCUCUCUCCAAAACUUUAUUUUGUGGGGGGUUUAUGCCACAUUUCACUAAGGGCUUGUUUAUACAGCAAGUUACUGCUGUGCAACUCAGCCCUGGUUUACACUACAAACUUACAUCGGUAUAACUGUGUUGCUCAUGGGUGUGGAAAUCCACAACCUUGAGCGACACAGUUGUACCAACCGAACUCCUGGUGUAGACAGCGCUAUGUCAACAGGAGGGCUUCUCCUAUCCAUAUAGCUAUCACUUCUUGGGGAGGUGGAGUACCUACAUUGCUGGGAGAAGCUUUCCCAUUGGCAUAGGUAGCAUCUUCGCUGAACAACUGUAGACAAGGCCUCAAAAUGUGACACUAGAGCCCAACAGCUUGCCAUGUGUUCACAUCCCAUGUGGUCACUGCUACAGCACAUUGAAAGUUCUGGAUUGUAGCCGUAAGAGCUUUAGAUGCAUCCUCAGCCAUGCUUCUCUUGGGUUCAUUAAAAUAUCAGUUUUCAUUAUGCAUCAGUAUUAUGAGACUGGUAUCUUUGAUCAUACCGGGAUGGCAAUAUAUGCAUAUAAGCAGUUUAAUAUCUUCAUUAUACAUUCUUAUAUGAAAGCUUAACUCUGAACCAAGGCUCAGACUUUACAACAAAACAUUUUCUGUAUAUGUCUUACCAUGAGUAAUUAUUUAAAAAGCUGUCACUCUGAUUGCAUUACUGUAGAGAACAAUGAAAACUAUCACUCAUUCAUUCCCAGUUAGCUUUAGUCUGAUUGUUCUAUACAGUUACAUCGUCAUUUUUUUACAUUAAAAUUACACUAGCAAUGAGUUAAUUCAUGUCACCUGUUCUAUUACCUAUGAAUUACUAAUGCAGACUGUUUCCUUGGUGUAGAACAUUGUCUGAAGUGUAAGCUAUUAGCUUUAUGUCCUCUGAACACAGAUUAUGAAAUGUGCUGCUAUUUGCAAAGGAAGAAAGGCUAGCUAUUUGCUGCAAAGUUAAUGGCUAAUUACACAACUAAAAGUACCCCUGGAUUAAGCUUGCUACUAUGGCAACCUUCACACUUACUGUCUGCUAUUUUGACUUCUUGCUCGGUAUGUCAGUGAACAUAUCCAGCAGUAUGUGGAAUGUACAAAUGUAAACAUGUUGAUUUUAAUAAAUUAUUUUAAUUAC